AUGAGCGCUUUCGGGAGGUCAGCCCUUCGCGGGUUCGCCGCCACGAGCGACGACGCGAAACCCGAUGGAGGAGGUUGCGAGCCCACGUUCAAGGGCGCCUACUGCGAGUCCGUCGCCGUGGAGCUCGGGACCGAGCGCACGCCAGUGAGAGUAGGGUUCGAGACCGGAAGGGUGGCACGACUCACAGACGGCGCGAUCGUGGCGAGCAUGGGAGACUCGAGGGUGAUUUGCGCGGCGGUGUGCUCGCGCGAUGAGAACCCGGACGCGGGGUUCUUCCCUCUGCAAGUGGAUUACCGUGAAAGACAUAGCGCGUUCGGUAAGAUCCCACCGACGUUCACGCGGCGCGAGGGUGCUCCGAAGGACCGUGAGGUGCUCGCCAUGCGCGUCGUGGAUCGAGCGAUUCGCCCUCUGUUCCCCAAGUCCUUCUCCAGGGACACCAGUGUGCAGGCAAUCGUUCUGGCCACGGACCAGUCGCAGGAUCCAGCCGUGCUCGCGGUGAACGGCGCUUCCGCAGCGCUGUCUGUGUCGUCCAUACCCUGGAAUGGUCCUGUGGGGGCCGUGCGUGUUUCCGUGUUGGGCGACGGCAACGAGAUAAUUCUGAACCCCUCCGACAAGGACGUCGAGGCCAGCAAGCUUACGCUGUUUUACGCCGGAAACGAAAAUCGCACUCUGAUGAUCGAGGCGCAAGCCGGCACCGCAGACGAAGGCGGCGUUCCCGAGUCCGUCGUGGCGAGUGCGCUACGAGCCGCGCACGAGGCGGCGAAGGUUUUGAUCGAGCCCCAACGCAGGCUGCAGCGCGCGAUCGGCAAGGAAAAGCUGGAUCCAGUGCAGCAAACCCCAGAACAGGCAAAGUUAAGACACGACGUGUUUGACCGCUCGAGCGAAAAACUUCGCGCUCUGUACAAGGAGGAGAUUCAGUGCAAGCACACGCGCGGGAAGAGAAUGGCGGAACUUAAGGAUGAGAUCGUAAACUCGAUGACAGAGGAAGGGAUGUCGUUCACCAACAACGACGUCGAACAAGCUUUCUUUUGGGUAAGUUCACGCGUGAUGCGGGACAUGAUCUUUGAGGACAAGAAGAGAGUGGACGGGCGCGGGAUUCGCGAGCUGCGCCAACUCGGUGCGGAGUCAAACGUAUUGCCGGUGGUACAUGGAUCUUCCAUCUUCGAGCGUGGGAACACCCAGGCGUUGGCGACUGUGACAAUUGGCAAAUUGAUUGAUGCACAGAAGCUUGACGCGCCCGUCGGUCCAGAUAACCGACGCAUGAUGCUGCACUAUUCGUUCCCUUCGUUCUCCAUCAACGAGACCCCGAGGCGCGGAGGUUUAUCACGACGCGAGAUUGGUCACGGCGCGCUGGCCGAAAAGUCUCUCGCUGGUAUAAUCCCAGCGGCGAAGGAAUGGCCGUUUGCGGUUCGCAUAAACGCAGAGACGAUGGAGAGCAACGGGAGCUCCUCCAUGGCAGCAGUUUGUUCCGGCUCUUUGGCGCUGAUGGACGCGGGCGUGCCCAUCAAAGAACAUGUCGGUGCCAUAUCUGUUGGUCUGGUUAUGGAUGAGGACGAGCAGACGGGCAAGGUGACGCGUUAUGAGCUGCUGUCGGAUAUCAUGGGCUUGGAGGAUGUGCUCGGGGAUAUGGACUUUAAGAUUGCGGGAACGCGCGGUGGGAUCACGGGAAUCCAACUCGACUGCAAGCCCGCAGGGAUCCCACUCGACAUUCUGAUCGAGGCUAUGGACGUCGCGUCCAUCGCAAGAAGCGCGGUGAUCGACGAGAUGGAUCGUGCCAUUUCCAAGCCCAGGAGCAGGGACGACUCCGAGGACGGCGCACAGUUUACCACGGUUCGCAUGGACCGCAGCCUGAUUGGUCGCCUGAUAGGCCCCAAGGGCGAUACUAUCCGCGAACUGGAGCGAACUACGGGCGCAAAGGUGAGCAUCCACGAAGAAGACGACGCUGGAGUUGAUGACCAGUGCACCCUAGGUAUCUUCGCGGGCACCAGGCCCGGGUUGGACGCGGCGCUUGAGAAGAUUCAGUUGAUUGCUUGGGUGCCAAAAGAGGGUGAUGUUGUGAAGGCCAAGGUGGUCAAUCAGCUCGCGUAUGGAUGGUUUUUGAGGUUGCCGAACGAGCAGGACGGGCUUUUACACGCCAGCGAAUACUUGCACACGAGGAAGGUUGAUCCGAUGAAGGACAAUAUUUUUCAAAUCGGUGAAGAGGUGUUGGUGAAAAUAAAAGACGUGAGCGACGGGCGGGUCGGUCUCAGCGUCAAGGCGCUCUCGCCGGCGCCAGAGGGAACCGAGGUCGGGCGGAGAGGAUCGCGUGCGGGUGCGGGAUUUGAGAGGAACGAGGACGGGUCGCUCAAGCGCCCGCUGCGCCGCCUCAAGGAUUGA